UGAACUGCUCAUCUGUCAUUUCCUCAACAUCAGUGAACACUUAAGAUGUGAAAAAGAGGUGGAGAAACAGUCAAAGAUGGAUCUCACUUGCCUCAAUUAUAGAGCGGAGAAUUUUGGUGAACAUAGUUUCACAUCUCCACUGCACCCUGAUCCUGGACAUACCUCAGCAGACCCUGAACCAUUUACUCCUGAAUUGGUUGAAAACUGUGCUGAGGAUAGGAGCACGGAUGAAUACAGGUUUCUCUGCCCUCAUGCUGGUCAGUUUAUGUGCAAACUGACCAACCUUGUGUUUGAGAUGGAAGGGAAAGGGGAAGUGCUGUACAGAAUAGUGUCCUGGGACAGCAGUCAAUUGGAUGAAUUAGGCCAAAAGGAGCCUGCAGGGCCUCUGUACAAUAUUGAAUGCCUUGAAGGUUCAAUCCGUCAUGUGCAUCUUCCACACUGUGAGACCCGCAAAGACAAGGUUAAACUGACUGUGGCACAUGUGCACAGUGGUAAUGUGGAGACCAUUCAGCCACUAACAGUAACAAACACACAUGUGAUCAUACACAUUCAGAGUCUCUCCUGCUUUUGUUUAACAUUGCGAAGGAAUAGUUCUCCCAUCAGAGCCCAAGUUCUACUGUUCUACAAAAAAGAUACAGAGCACAGGAAGAGUAAACUGCACAUCCACCUGUUGCCAGCAAAUGUCUCAGUUAAAGAGGUGCAGAAUCAACACAAGAGCUACACAUACAUUGAGACAACCUCCAAUUGUGAUCUGAUCCCUGGUAAAAAAUACAGACUAUGCUAUAAAACUACUGACGGUGAUUGUGCACCCAAACCAGAGGGUGUGAAAUUUCAUCGUGACUAUGGCCCCAACUUUCACCCUACAUUUGAGGUGCUCUUCAAUAUCGAAGCUUCUGAAGUCACGUUAAUUCUUUUGGAUAAAAAAGGCAAGGAGGUGUGGACACCACCUGUAGUCUUGCUUACAGGUACAGGGGCAGACCCACUCAAAAUGGAAAUAAUAGGUGCUGACUUUGUGGAUCAACACAGAGAAACGCUCAUUCGGAGAUUUUCUUCAGUAAUGGAGGUUGCAGACUGUCUAAAAAGCAAGGGCAUGAUUACUGAUGAAAUGUACAGUAACAUUCAGACAAAGUCAACACAUCAGGAUAAAAUGAGAGAUCUGUACACAUGUCUCAACUCAGCGGGAAGAGCUGUGAAACAAGAAUUCUAUGACAUACUUGUAAAGAAGCACAGUGUGUUAGUGCAUGAUUUGAUGUCUGUAUCCGGUCAGGCUUAGUGAACAAUUAAUGGACUAAAUCUCACACUCUGAGUAAAUCACACACAUAGUAAAGAUCCAUGUAGCUGUUAAUACACGCACACACUUCUAACAACAUGUGUUUUCAUUUCUGUCUUUGUGUAGCAGAAAUAAUAAUACAUAAAUAUUUCAUUAUGAUUAUAAUUUUCAGUUAUGCUAUUAUGAAUAUGUUAUAUAAAAGUAAAUCUUCCAAUCUUAUUUUGAAAUAAUUUCCAUAUCUUAGCGAUACAAAAAGGCUUACAUUUGUGAUUAUUGUGAUUAUUAUGUGAUUAUUCUAGUAUUUUUCCUUGAUGAAGUACUUCAUAUAGACAGUUAAUUAUUGUAGAGAUGAUUAUUGUUGAUUUAAUUAUUGUAUGUUGUAUAUUUUAAUUGCAUUAUCUGAAUUUUUAGAGCAGAGGUGUCAAACAACAAAUCUCUUUUAUUGAUCAAUAACAUCACCAACUCCUCUUAAACGUGUUCAUUGGCAUUUAUCUGAAAGGUACAUUCUUAAUGCAUAAACGGAUUGUAGGUUUCACCAAAACAUUCAAAUGUUCUAAGCUAGUUACUCAUGUAUGCAUCUCGUUUCAUUGCCUUUGCUUGAAAUUAUUAUAUUGAGAGUCUGAAAAGGGCUCUGUCAAAUUUCUUCACUAUAAGUGUGCUAUGCUAUGUUCCCAUGUUCCUCGCCUAUUUAACAGCACUGUUAUGCUAAAUAUGUGUUUCAUUUAUGUUUUAUCUCUCAACAACAACAACAGAUUUUUAAUAUGGUACUUUAAAAAAUGUUGGAAAUCAUUUCAAUUAUGAGAUAUUAGAAGGCAUGGCAUUUGAGAGAAAGCUUUUCAGACAAUUUCUAGAAUUUACUGUUGAUUCUACUGUAAAAUUGUGAUCUUAAAAGAACUAGAUUCUUAAAAUAAAGAAUGUUCAUUUGAUGCA